AUGGACGCUGACAAGAAGGACAACAACAAUAACGAUCAAAAGGACGGUAAACAAAAGAACAAUCGUCCUAAACAACAUCGUCGUCGACCUCAACAACAGCAACAGCUAGGCGAUGGCCAGGAUCGUCAACCUUCACAAAGCGGCAGCAAGGCUCCUGCUAAAAAGCAGCACCAUAACCGCAAGCCGGCGAACAAAGCAAAGGGCAAAAAGGAAUCAGAGCCAGCCUCUGCUUCUUUAAAGGAAAAGGAAAAGGAUUCUGUUGCUAGUGACAAUGACGAUGAUAGUGACGACGCGUCGUCUGAAGCCAGUGGCGAUCUGUGCUUCAUUUGUACCGAACCCAUUGUCACCUAUGCCGUUGGUAACUGCGAUCACCGUACUUGCCACCUUUGCGCACUUCGAUUACGAGCUUUAUACAAGACGAAAAACUGUGCUUUGUGUAAGUCCGAACAAACGACUGUGAUCCUUACCAAAGAUUCCGAAAAGCCAUUUGAAAGUUACAGCGAUAAGGAUGCUCCUCUUGUGGACAAGAAACUUGGCCUUCGUUUCGAGGACAAGCAGAUUCAGCAGGACACAAAGUUGCUGUUGCAGUACAACUGCCCUGAUCCAGAUUGUGAUGUAGCCUGCGAUGGUGGAUGGGGCGAGUUGAAACGGCACGUCAAGAAGGCCCAUGACCGAUUCUUGUGCGACUUGUGCACUCGACACAAAAAGAUCUUUGCUCAUGAACAUACCCUGUAUACUUAUACACAUUAUCAGAAGCAUUGCAAGUACGGCGACAAGUCCUUUAACCCCAACGAUGAUACAGGUUUUAAGGGCCAUCCCGAGUGUCAUUUCUGUCGUGUGAGCUUCUACGGUGACGACGAACUCUAUGAACAUUGUCGCGAUAAGCACGAACAGUGCCAUAUCUGUGUUCGUCAAGGUAUUCGUCAUGAAUACUAUGAUGACUAUGAUGCCUUGGAAAAACAUUUCAAGAAGGAACACUUUCUGUGUGUCUAUCGAGAAUGUUUGGAUCGCAAGUUUGUAGUUUUUGAUACGGAUAUUGAUCUGAAGGCGCACGAGGUUGAGGAACAUGGUGCAUCCAUGAACCGUCUUCCUCGCUCCAAGCAAGUUGAAGCACGUCGGGUGGAUGUCGGUUUUGAUUAUGGAAGCUCAAGCUCAAGAGGCCAUCAACACAACGAACGAAAUAGAAGAAAUAGACCACGUGGAGAUGAGGAUUUAGAGACACCACAACCAACAAGAGCCCAACCUUCAUCGCGUGACAAUGUUUUGAAUGACGCCGAUUUCCCUGGUAUCAGCGGUCAGCCUCACACAAGUUCUCAGCCACAACAACAUCAACAACAAACACGAUCAAGUAGUAACACUACAAGCAAUAGUAGUGGCAGCAAACGACAACAAAAAUCGACAUUUAAAAAGCCAGCAGGUUUUGGCGCACUGUCUGACAACUGGCCUACUUUAGGUCAAAGUUCUACCUCCAACAACACCCAACAACAACAAUCUUCUUCAUCUUCGACUUCUUCAGCGGCAGCAGCAGCAGCAGCACCGCCCGAAAUUGUUUCUCGUCAUGCAGCAUUUAUGGAGCGUGUCUUUGAUAUGUUCAAAAGCCAUGACAAACUCGAUCGAUUCCGCGCACUGACCACCGCUUACCGAAACUCAAAUAUAGAUGUGGAUACCUAUGUCAGCUCAGUGGUUGAUUUGUGCGAUUCCAACGCGGAACAUGCGGGCAAGAUCUUCAAGGGUGUAGAGGAUUUGAUGGAUAACCAGGAGAAAAAAUGGGAGGUCGUGCGUGCCUGGCGCAACAAACACACAGCGAUGGAGAAUUUUCCAGUCUUGGAUUCGCCUUCAAUAGCAGCAGCACCUGCUGGUCACGGUACGUCCUCGCGUGUGCUCGUUAUCAAGUCGCGCAACACCCGAGCUGGUGGUACCCGUUCGACAGGCAAGUCCAAGGCCGGUGUGUGGGACAGAGUAGCAUCAGCCGCAAGUGGCGCAUCAAGUGGCGUAUCACCACGGUCAUCUCCACACACCUCACGACCUAGCUCACCCGCACCGGCUUUAUUCCCGACACCAAACAUCACUGGCCCACGCACUGCAUGGGCCGGCGGCCGUUCGACUAGCUCGGCUGCUGCCAAGAAGGGUGAGAGCUUCCCAUCUCUGGGGGGAUCGUCCAGCAAAGCAGCAGCAGCAGCAGCGACCCCGAAAAACCAUUUCCCAUCCUUGCCAACCGUAUCCAAGCGACAACCCCUGGUCAGCAUGCGUCGCAACGCUUCCAAUCCGCGGUUGAACGCUUGGGGAGGAGAACGACCCUCUGAAGCAGAAUCUCCAGCCGAAGCUCCAGAUGAGCAGACGAUGGCCAAGAAAAAGAAGGGAAAGAAGAACAAGCAAGUUUUGUUGCGCGUUGGAUUGUAA